AUGUGUGUGAUGACCCACAAGACAGCUGUUCUUAUUUUUCUUCUUCUACUGCUUUCUAGUGCAGUCACUGUUGACCCUUGACCACACAUACAAGGAAUAAUGACGAUAGUAACUGCAGAAGGAAUGGAAAAAAAACCGAGUGCCGGUGGCACUGGUGGUAAUCUGCAACCUCCCAGUUUUGUGGGGGAUACCCAACAAUGUGUUACAGCACGAGAAGGAACUGACGUCACCAUAACAAUAGAGUUGACGCCUACUGGUGGCGCUCCAACAGCCAUCUGCUGGAGGCGCGGCGACCAGGAGCUGGCGGGUGAGCGCUACCGGGUGUCGGAGAACAAUAAUACAGUGUUGUUGAACCUGCACCACGUGACGAGGAACGACGUCGGCCAUUAUACUCUGACAGCAAAGAAUUCGGCAGGGGAGGCUCGUCGUGCUUUUCAAAUCAAAGUUGAAGAUGCCGGACCAGAUGUCCCCGUGUUCCUCAGGAGACUCAGUGACCUAGCGGUGAAGGUGGGCACUCGCACCCGGUUCCUGGUCGAGAUUCGCAGUUCUUCUGAAGUGAAGGUGUCAUGGCACAGGAACGAAGAGCAGCUUCUGGAGGGUGAGCGGUUCCACUUCGUGCACGAGGGCAACUUCUUUUGUGUGGAUGUUGCUCCCGUCAUGGUGGAGGAUGGAGGGCGCUGGACCUGUUUGGCUGAGGGGGCUGGCGGAAGGACCUCCUGCUCAUCGAACCUCAACGUGUUGGUUCCGAAGGCGUACAAGGCCCCCGAGUUCUUGGAGGAGCUGCAGGCCCUGCUAACGGAGCAGGGCACCGUGUCCCUGGAGUGCAAGGUGGUAGGCGUACCUACCCCCGUGCUGCGCUGGUACAAGGAUGGCAAAGAGAUCAAGGCGGGGGACGUAUUCGCUUUGACCGCCAACCCUGACGACCCCACAUCCCUCGGCACCUAUACAUGCGAAGCUGUCAACUGUAUGGGCAAGGCCUACUCCUCCUCCAGGGUGCACGUCAUGGGGAAGGGCAGCCGCGAGGGCUCACUCAAACCGGCUGACAGCAUGAAACCCAUGGGACCACCUCCAGCGUUCAAACAGGAGUUACGUAACGAAAAAACAAGGAUUGGGGACAAGAUAACACUCACAUGCCAAGUGGCUGUACCGCCCUGGCCGCAGAGCAUAACGUGGUACAACAAAGAAGGGCGUGUGGACGAAAGUGAGAAGUACCACAUCAUGGCGGACGGACUGGGCGGUUACAUGAUACAGAUCGACCACGCGGAGGAGGCGGAUGAGGGCGAAUGGAAAUGCGUCGCUACGAGCAGCGAGGGUGCCAAGGGAAUCUCCACUUGCCACGUCUCCAUGACGUAUCCAAAGAACUAUCGGAAGCCUCGCUUCUUGGAGAGCCUAAAGGCAGUCCUGACCGAUGAAGGUUUGGUGUCCUUCGAGUGCAAAGUCGUGGGAUUUCCUACACCACAACUUCGAUGGUUCAAGGAUGGACAGGAACUGAAGCCAGGAGACGUGUACCAGCUGACAGGCACCAACUCACUUGGUUCGUACUCUUGCAUCGCGAAGAACUGCAUGGGAGAAGCAACCAGCUCCGCGGAGCUCACAGUGGAGGACAUCCAGAACCAACUCAAUGAGGAAGAAAGACUGCAACUGUUCUCAACAAACCAACCACCGAAAUUCAUUGUGGGACUCAAGAGCUGUGAAGCAAAAAUCACAGAAGACUUCAGGUUUACUGUCCAAGUGAGCGUCUCACCGGAACCUUCCAUUCUGUGGUAUCGAGAUGACGAGCAGCUCGAAGGCGCUGACAGAUAUACUGUGUCCCGUGAGGCGUUGGGAGUCUGCAAUUUCGAUAUCCGCUGCCUCGAAAUUAUCGAUCAGGCUGAAUGGAAAUGCGUGGCGACAAAUGAUUUUGGGCACAGCGUCACGUCAUGUUUCCUUAAACUUAUUAUACCAAGACACUUCAAAAAGCCCAGGUUUCUGGAGUGUCUGCGAGCCAUAUUGUCGGAGGAAGGGGCUGUCAAUUUAGAGUGUAAGGUUAUUGGAGUGCCUCAGCCAGAGCUGAAGUGGUACAAAGAUGGAGAGGAGCUGAAGCCUGGAGACAUACAUCGAAUCAUUUCUGGACAAGACGGCACGUGUUGCCUGGGCACGUACACCUGCGAAGCCCGAAACUGCAUGGGCACUGUGGCCAGCUCCGCUUCCCUCCUCGGCUUCGAAGAACGACUGAUGAAGGGUUCUGUGCAGCAACAAAUAGAACACGGCGCAGGACACGUGCUUGCGAGGAACCCAUCUUUGUCGACCAUUCACGAGGAGAGGACUUCCCAGAUGUACGACACGCCUGCCACCGAACGCUCCGCCACCGUGGACGAACGAGCCGAAGUCUCUUUCUCAUUCGACGGAAAGGAGGUGUCAGUUUCGCUGUAUGAGACCCCAGACCUCACUGAAGAAGAGGCGCUGCAGGUUGUUGAAAUGUAUGCCGAUCAGCUAUCAGAGCACGUGUCAGAACACAAUGUGGUGGAACUACCGCCCCUAAGAUUUGUCAAGGAGAGUUCCAACACUGGAAACCUUCUUAUGGAAGCCAUCGUCAUUGACGUCACUCAUGACGCCUUCUCUUCUGCUGAAGACGAUCUUCGCACGGACGCCGAUUUAGAGGAGUUUUCCAUCACCGAUGAUAAUGGACAGCAGGCCCCUCCGUUGCCUCAGGAUGUUGAGCAAGAUGACGCUGCUAUAUUCGAAAAACUCAACACUGAAUUCUUAGAACGCGCUCUGGCACCUACCGUUCCCUAUGAUGGCGCUGAAGAACAAGUUCCACCCAAACGACCUCCCAGAAAGAAAACCGAAGCGUGCAAUGGUGCGAAGCCUGAGAGUGACACUUUUCACAGCCUGUCGCCAGUUAAAGAGCAGCCAAAGGACAGUGAUACAUUUCACAGCAUAUCCCCAACAAAGGGAGGCCCCGCACCAAAGGAAGAUGAAGAUCGAAGUGAGCAUUUCACUGAUGCAGUGGCGUACAUAUCUGAGCAGGAUUCUUAUGCUAGUGCCCGGGGAAGUUCAGGAGAAGCCAGAGCCUUUCAAAUUGUAGCUAUUGAACAGCAGAUGACAUACGAACCCCAGUCAACGAAGAGCAGCCCGGCUGAACUAGUGAGGAAUACAGAAAUGUACACAAAGAAGAAGGAUAUGGAGUCGCAGGUGGUUGAAGUAGGGCAGGAAUUGUCGCCUAAACAAGUCGAAACCAAGGAAAUAAGCUCGCAGCCAGAAUCAAUGAAGAAAAAAAUCCGUUCUGUAGAGAGCGGACUGGGAAGGUCAUUCGAGGAGAGUACAGAUGAACGAAUUGCAGGGGAACCGCCAGGCCCUAAACCUGAACGUCCUGCCAGGAAAGGGUCCAAGAGCAGAAAUGAGAGAUCGAUAGAAAGUGGACAAGGAGGAUCUUUCGAGGAGAGUGGGGACGAUAGAACUAGCAGCGAGACAUCGAUUUCUGCUCCGAAGUUAGAACAAAAACAGUCGCAAAAGAAAAUGUCUUCUUCAGAGAUUGGUUCGAUUGAAUCUCACAUGAAGAAAAUACAAGAACAACAAAAGUUAUCGAGACGAGACUCUCUUCCUGAAGAAGGUGACGUUUUAAGGACGGCCAAACUCGAAGAAAUUAAGAGAUCUAACGGCAAAGAAGGACGCGUAUCCACCGAGGUGCAGACAGAAGGAAGCGUAAUGAGGAAACUCCAUGAAAUCCAUCGGCCUACUUCCGUGGAGGCCAGAAAUGUACGAGACAGUGAAAAGGCAGUUGAGAGGACGAGCAAGGAACUUAUUCCCUCCUCCACUAAUGUCGAUCUCCCGAUACUGCAUUCCACAACAGAAAUGAAAACGACGAAAGAAAGGGAGCAAAGUUCGCUGAUUGAGUCUCUCACUCAUUCUUUGCAAGAUAUACAGAAAGGACUUGCUUCAGUCGAAGAACAAGUAAAGCUGCAAUCUGGAUUUGAACCUGGAUCCGCAAAGUCAAGUCUGUCGGUUUUGGAGGCUCUGACUCAACCAAUUGAAGACAGCUUAGCUUUAGUAGAGGAGCAGACAGCUUUAAAUAUUUCGUGCGAAGAUAAUACACCAGAUAAAAUACUGCAAACAAUUUCCCAACCAAUACAAGAAUUCCAUAAAGGUCUAGCUUUAGUAGAACAGCAAGUAGAGCUGGAAAUGGGAGAACCUUUUCUAGAGAGAACGAGUUUCUCUAUACUAGAAAAUGUGGCUCAGCCUGUGCAGGAACUGCAAAGGGACAUCGCUCUCAUUCAACAGUUCGCUCAAUGCAGACAUACAGAUAUAUCUGAAGCCGUUGUGAAGGAACUGCCAGAACGGUCCAUCCAGCCUGCCCUGCAAAUGAUAACUCAGUCCCUUCAUGAACUGCAGAGGGGAAUUGCUGUACUCCGGCAGCACAUUGUGUACGAAGACUUUGGAAAAACCUCGUCUCACAUAGGUAGCGCUUCCAUAUUGGAAACCUUGAGUCAUCCUCUGCACAAACUCAGACAAGGCUUAGCAGAGGUAGAACAGGAAGCUGCAUUAGAAGCUGUAUGUCACUCCAUAAUGGAGAGUAUUUCGCACCCUCUCCAGGAACUGCAGAGAGGUUUAGAAAUGACGGAACAUCAAGCAGCAGUGGAAACAGAGACUAUGUUCGUAACAGGACUACACAGCCAAACGGUGCUUGAGACUCUCGCAGAGCCAGUUGACGAAAUGCAAAGACGACUAGCACAAAUAGGACAAGAAUUUCUAAUCGAAAUUGAACCAGAGAAAUCACUUUCGGAAAAUAUUUCGGUAUUAAAGGCGCUUCAGACAUCACUUCAAAAUUUACAGCAUGUCAUUGAAUCUAUAUCCAGGCUUAACACUCUGGAAGUAACAUCAGUUAAAACGGUUCAUGACAAAGUCAGACUAAGCAUUGUGACAUUGGCUCAGCCAUUAUCGGAAUUGCAACUGUGUCUAACUGACAUUGAGAUACAAGAAUUUAAAUCAAAGGGAGAGGAUGUGUUAAUUACUCAAGAUACAACACAAUCUCUAGAUAAGCUGAUGUUACCCCUGUCUGAAUUCAAGAAUCAGUUAAUGCAAAUAGAGGAAAUGCUAUUUUCUGGAACAACAGACAAGUUAACAUCACAGAACGUGAGUGUUGGAACACAUCAGUUACUAGGUCGGACUAUAAGGCGUCUGAAAGAAACCACUGACGUCUUGCUAGAAAAAUCUAAUUCAGAAACCAGCGUUGGUAACUUUACUGUCAUGGAAUGCUUGGUGGAACCACUGCAGGACUUUGCUGAGGCACUGGUUAAAAUAGAGCAGUUUGCAGUUCUGGGGGCAGCACUAAAACCAAGAAUGGACAAGAAAAGUCUCUCGACUGCGAAACAUCUAGUGUAUUCCAUUCAAACUAUACAGGAAACAAUUGUAAAAAUACACAGAGAGAAUACGCUGCAAGUCCAGAUACAGCCAGGGGUAAAGGCAAUAUCAAAGCUGGCAGAAUUGGCAGUACCUCUUUUCCAGGUUAAGCAGGUAUUGCUGGAGGCAGUGCAGAAUAUCUUUGUAGAAGAAAGUGAAACAUUUGUAUCUGAACGUGCUACAAUCACAGCUGUGAAGGAGGUUGUAGAAGCACUGGAUAUACUGAAGAGUGAAGUAUCUAAAACUAAAGACUUUCUUAUUCUUGCAGUGAAGAAAUCCGACCCAGAAAUCAUAGAACCAGUGGAAACCUUACUGAACUCUAUCCAAGAUUUAGAAAAAUGCAUUAUUGCAGUUCAAGAGCAAGCGACAGAAGCAGUAGCUAGCUGUCCUAGUCUCGCAGUAUUUGAAUCAUUACUUCAGCCUCUCCAGUGCUUACAAAUGGCUAUUGCAGCCGUGGCACCUAAGGAGUCGAGCCUACUGAUUCUAGAGAGAAUUUCAGAAUCUGUUGAGGAACUGCAGCUUGGUGUUGCCGCGAUAGAGAAUCAAGUAUUUCUGGAUACUAAGCAAGAUCCUGCAAAAGUUAGUGUUACGAAGCUGGGAGAACUCGCAGAGCCACUCAAGGAACUACAAAGGGAACUGAAUCUUGUGGAACAAAAGAUCCAAUUUGAACAAGAAGAAGAACUGACGUUAGAAGUAUCCAGUUUGACUGCACUCAGCACUCUGACACAGCCACUACAAGAAUUACAGAGAGGGCUGAUACUAAUACAAAACCUCGCGGUAGAACAGGACCUGAAGCCCAUGGCAGAGAAGGCUGCAGAAGUGUUAGUGGAACCUAUUAUGGACCUUCAGAGGGGUAUCAGUGUAGUACAACAGGAAGCUAUCUUUCAGGCUGAUGCUGUUGAACGUAAUGGGCUUACAAUAUUGGAAACUUUAGCUCAGCCCCUGCAGGAACUGCAACGAGGACUGACUGUAGUCGAAGAGCAGAACGUUAUGACUCUGGAAGAAGCUCCUAUAUUCGAGAAGGCUGCAAGCCUGGCAGCGCUGGAAAAAGUAACCCAGUCUGUACAAGAACUACACCAUAGGAUAUCCACGAUUGAGCAUAGCUUUGCUGUAGCUACAACAGAGGUAACGCUUACUGAGCUCGCUGGUGUGUCAGCUUUCCGAGAAAUAGCGAAGCCAUUACUGAAAUUUCAUAAGGGAUUAAUCGAGGUCGAAGAUCAAAUUUUUGAGCCCAGAGACAAACCAAUGCCAGACAGAGCGGGCAUACUCAUUUUAGAGGCUAUUGCUGAACCACUUCAAGAACUGAUUAGAGGUCUGGCUCAAGUGGAACAAAGACUAGUUUUGGAAACGGGCUCGGAAAUUGCCUCAGAGAAGCUUGGUGCUUCCACUCUUGAGAAGUUAGCUUACCCAUUAAAAACACUACAGGAACGCAUUGCACUAAUGCAGUGUCAUAUUGUUCAAGAAGCUGAGACACCGACAGUAUUUCUAACAUUGGCCCAAUCAUUGCAAGAUUUACAGAAAGGCUUAUCAGUUAUUCAGAAACACAUAGUAAUGGAGCCAUCAAUGGAGCCUAUAGCCGAGAAGUCGGAUUUUCAUCUUCUUCUUCAGGCCGUUGCACAUUCAAUUCAAGAAAUUCAUAGAAACAUAGCCCUUGUAGAGGAACAGGCAGUUUUAGAAGAUGUAGAGGUACCACAUUCCGACAAAAACGCUAUAUCCAUUUUGGAGACUAUAGCACAACCACUGAAGGAACUUCAGAAGAACCUUGCAAGUGUACAACACGCAGUAUUGCUAGAGAACGUGGCAGAAAGAGAGACCGUUGUUCCAGUGCUAACGUCAUUAGCCAGUCCCGUUCUGGAAUUACAGAGAGGGCUCACACGGAUAGAAGAGAAUGCCUUGUUAGAACCUGGUGGAGAACCCACAAGGGCUGUAUCAAUGCUACACGCUCUAGUACAACCGAUGCUCGAAAUUCAUAAAGGUUUAACUGAAAUACAAGAGCAGGUUCUACUGGAACCACGAGAGAUACAAAUGUCCGACAGGUCAGAUAUAAGUGUAUUAAACAAUCUUGUCGAACCGAUUCACCAAUUACAGGAGACCCUCUCUGUUAUAGAGCACCAAGCCUCUCUUGAACCACGUGAAGAACCUCUUUCGAAAAGACUGGGUGUGUCUGUGCUUGGAGCAAUAUUGGAACCUUUGGAACAACUCCACACGAAUUUGGGUCUGGUUGAACAACAGAUGGCCCUCGAAGCGGGCGAGAGAAACACGUCUGAAGACACUGGAUUAUCCGUGACGGAAACCUUGGUGUAUUCUAUACAAGAUCUUGAGAGAAGCUUAAGCCUUAUCAAUUACAAGGCUGCUAUAGAAGCCAAAGGGAUCGAAAUAUCUGACGAUAACUUUGUCUCCAUGCUUGAAACACUGUCGCGGUCGUUGCAAGAGUUACAACGAGGACUGGCCCUGAUAGAAGAGCAAAUAGAGAUGGAAGCCAGGGAAGAGCGUUUGCCUGAAAAGACAGAAAUUUCAGUUCUUAAAGCUCUUACACAGCCCAUCGAAGAAAUUCAGAAGAGCAUUGCAGUGAUACAACAACAGACAGUGUAUGAACCAAUUGAGGAGCCCUUAUCGGAAGAUAUAAGUAAGUCGGUUUUGAAGGCACUUGCUCAUCCGUUAUGUGAGCUGGAGCAAAAUUUGGUUCAGAUCGAACAACAAGUAGCACUUGAAGCAAAAGGUCAGCUAGUGUCAGAAAUAAGCUUGUCAUUACUAAAUACUUUGGCCCAUCCUGUUCAUGAACUUCAGAGGGGUAUUGCUUUGGUUCAGCAGCAAGCUGUGUUAGAGUCCGGAGUACAAGAAAUGUCAGAUCAAACAAGGAUAUCUGUGUUACAGACUUUAGCGCAACCUUUGGAGGAACUGGAGAAGGGAAUAGCUGAAAUACAGCAGCAAAUUGCGCUUGAAGCAACGGAAGAAGCAAUAUCGGAGAAAACUAAUGUCUCCAUUUUGAAAGUUCUAGCUAAACCUAUUCAAGAACUCCACAGAGGUAUUGCUCUGGUACAAGAGUGUGCAGUUUACGAAGGAGGAGUAGAAUCGUUUUCUGACAAGACUAGUGCAUCAGUGUUGCAAACAUUGGCGCACCCGGUACAAGAAUUGCUUAAAGGUAUAGCUGUGAUCCAGCAGCAAGCGCUUGUGGAGCAUGAUGAGGUAAUAUCAGAAAAGGAAGAUGUGGAAGUUUUAAAGACACUUGCUGAGCCAGUCGAAGAAUUGCACAGAGCCUUGUUACAAGUGGAGCAACAAGUUACACUUGAAACUGAGGUAGCAAAGGUUCCUAUGGAAAGCUUUUCAGUCCUGAAGACGUUAGCAAAGCCUAUCUUGGAACUACAAAGAAGCAUUGCUUUGAUAGAGAAGCAGACAGUGCUUGAAUGUGAUGAAGGUGUGGUGUCAGAAAAAGGAAAUAUGUCUUUAAUAAUGAAGCUAGCUGAGCCUCUCCAGGAAUUACAGAGGGGCAUUGUACUGAUAGAACAGCAGGAAUUGCUUGAAGGGCCUUUGUCUGAUGAUGCUACACAUAUUUCUGGUUUGCCCACAUUUGUGAGCUCAACUGAAGCUUCGCCGGUUCUUGGAGCAAUUCGUGUUGAAGAACAGCGAGCACUAGAAGGCGAUGUUGAGACUCUCUCUGACAGGACGGACCUAAGAGAGCUGGAGUCCGCUGCGUUUUCGCGAUAUGAACUUAGGUGCGACGUGGCUGUUGUACAGCAACAGACACCUCUUGAAGGCAGAAUGUCCGAGCUGGAAACUGAAACAACUGAUUUGCAAGUAGCGCUGGUCUCUCAUGAAGAAGACAGAGGAUCAGCAAUGAUGAGAGAACAGGAAGUGUUACAGGGAAAAGACGAAAGAAAACAAAGAGAAGAAGCAGCAGGAACUGGGUUGAUGGAAGAAGAUAGACGAGGCCGCAUAGCGGAAGAUGAUGAAGUUGAAAUGAAGAAGAAAGAAAAAAUAGAUUCUAAACAUGAGAAGGAGAAACAAGAAGAAACAGAACGCGGGAAGAAAGAAAACGAAGAAACUGAAAGUAAGAAAAAAGAAGAUGCAAUGAGAAAAGGAGAAGAAGAAUAUGAGCUAGAAAGGCAAGCAAAAGAGAUUGAAUUUCCUAAACAGGAAAAAGAGGAAAGUGAGCAGAGAAAGAAACAGAAAUCAGAAUUUGAGUGGGAGGAGAAACAAAAAGACAAAGAACUUGAGAAUAUAGAAGAAAAAGCACCAUGUAAAAACAGAGACCAAAGAGAAUCUGAUCGUAUGAUAAAGGAAGAAGUUGAAAAAAAGAAAUCAUGGGACGAAGAAGAUGUACGUAUGGAAAAAGAGAAAAUUGAAGAGACAGAGGCUGAAAGUACCAAACACGAAAUAGAUAAAUGUGAAGAGAUUAAAGGUGAAAAAUCAGCUGAAAGCAACAUGGAACAAGAUAAAUACGAACGCGAGAAGAAGCAAAAGGAAAGCAAAGGCAGAGAGGAAGAAGAAACUAAACCUAAAACGAAAGAACAAAAGGACGAGGAGGACAAGGCUGAAAUUGGUCUAAGGGACGAGAAAAUGCCAGAAGAAACUGAGCAGAAGAAGACAGAGCGAAUGCAAUAUGAACUGGAGAAGAAAGAGCACAAAGAGCCUGAGGGUCAGAAGGGAGAACCAAAAGAUGUUACUUGUAUAAACGAAACUGAAGAAACUGCUCAGAAGAAGGACUUGAUUGAUGAUGAACCACAGAAGAAGGAACAGAAAGAAAAUGAAGUUAUCAAUAAGGAUAUGGAGGAAGCAGAACAUAACAAGAAAGAAGUGGUAGAAUAUGAAAGUAAGAAAUAUGGACACAAGGAAUCCGAGUGCAAGACGAAAGAACAGGAACAAGCUGAGAGCUGGAAAAAGGAACAAGUAGAAGCUGAACGUAAGAAGGAGUAUGAAGGUGCCGAACGCAAGAGAAAAGAACAGGAGGAAGAAGAACGUAAGAAGAAGGAAGAAGCUGACAAUAAGAAGAAGGAGCAGGAAGAAGCUGAACGUAAGAAGAAGGAACAGGAAGACGCUGAACGUAAGAAGAAGGAACAGGAAGAAGCUGAGCGUAAGAAAAAAGAACAGGAAGAAGCUGAGCGUGAGAAGAAGGAACUGGAAGAAGCUGAGCGUAAGAAGAAAGAACAGGAAGAAGCUGAACGUAAAAAUAAAGAACAGGAAGAAGCUGAGCGCAAGAAAAGAGAACAGGUAGAAGCUGAGCGCAAGCAAAGAGAACAGGAAGAAGCUGAACGUAAGAAGAAGGAACAGGAAGAAGCUGAGCGUAAGAAGAAAGAACAGGAAGAAGCUGAGCGUAAGAAGAAGGAACAGGAAGAAGCUGAGCGUAAGAAGAAAGAACAGGAAGAAGCUGAGCGUAAGAAGAAGGAACAGGAAGAAGCUGAGCGUAAGAAGAAGGAACAGGAAGAAGCUGAGCGUAAGAAGAAGGAACAGGAAGAAGCUGAGCGUAAGAAGAAGGAACAGGAAGAAGCUGAGCGUAAGAAGAAGGAACAGGAAGAAGCUGAGUGUAAAAAGAAGGAACAGGAAGAAGCUGAGCGUAAGAAGAAAGAACAGGAAGAAGCUGAGCGUAAGAAGAAAGAACAGGAAGAAGCUGAGCGUAAGAAGAAAAAGAAGAAAGAACAGGAAGAAGCUGAGCGUAAGAAGAAAGAACAGGAAGAAGCUGAGCGUAAGAAGAAAGAACAGGAAGAAGCUGAGCGUAAGAAGAAAGAACAGGAAGAAGCUGAGCGUAAGAAGAAAGAACAGGAAGAAGCUGAGCGUAAGAAGAAAGAACAGGAAGAAGCUGAGCGUAAGAAGAAAGAACAGGAAGAAGCUGAGCGUAAGAAGAAAGAACAGGAAGAAGCUGAGCGUAAGAAGAAAGAACAGGAAGAAGCUGAGCGUAAGAAGAAAGAACAGGAAGAAGCUGAGCGUAAGAAGAAAGAACAGGAAGAAGCUGAGCGUAAGAAGAAAGAACAGGAAGAAGCUGAGCGUAAGAAGAAAGAACAGGAAGAAGCUGAGCGUAAGAAGAAAGAACAGGAAGAAGCUGAGCGUAAGAAGAAAGAACAGGAAGAAGCUGAGCGUAAGAAGAAAGAACAGGAAGAAGCUGAGCGUAAGAAGAAAGAACAGGAAGAAGCUGAGCGUAAGAAGAAAGAACAGGAAGAAGCUGAGCGUAAGAAGAAAGAACAGGAAGAAGCUGAGCGUAAGAAGAAAGAACAGGAAGAAGCUGAGCGUAAGAAGAAAGAACAGGAAGAAGCUGAGCGUAAGAAGAAAGAACAGGAAGAAGCUGAGCGUAAGAAGAAAGAACAGGAAGAAGCUGAGCGUAAGAAGAAAGAACAGGAAGAAGCUGAGCGUAAGAAGAAAGAACAGGAAGAAGCUGAGCGUAAGAAGAAAGAACAGGAAGAAGCUGAGCGUAAGAAGAAAGAACAGGAAGAAGCUGAGCGUAAGAAGAAAGAACAGGAAGAAGCUGAGCGUAAGAAGAAAGAACAGGAAGAAGCUGAGCGUAAGAAGAAAGAACAGGAAGAAGCUGAGCGUAAGAAGAAAGAACAGGAAGAAGCUGAGCGUAAGAAGAAAGAACAGGAAGAAGCUGAGCGUAAGAAGAAAGAACAGGAAGAAGCUGAGCGUAAGAAGAAAGAACAGGAAGAAGCUGAGCGUAAGAAGAAAGAACAGGAAGAAGCUGAGCGUAAGAAGAAAGAACAGGAAGAAGCUGAGCGUAAGAAGAAAGAACAGGAAGAAGCUGAGCGUAAGAAGAAAGAACAGGAAGAAGCUGAGCGUAAGAAGAAAGAACAGGAAGAAGCUGAGCGUAAGAAGAAAGAACAGGAAGAAGCUGAGCGUAAGAAGAAAGAACAGGAAGAAGCUGAGCGUAAGAAGAAAGAACAGGAAGAAGCUGAGCGUAAGAAGAAAGAACAGGAAGAAGCUGAGCGUAAGAAGAAAGAACAGGAAGAAGCUGAGCGUAAGAAGAAAGAACAGGAAGAAGCUGAGCGUAAGAAGAAGGAACAAGAAGAAGCCGAGCGUAAGAGGAAAGAAGAGGAAGAAGCUGAGCGUAAGGAGAAAGAACAAGAAGAAUCUGAUCGUAAGAAGAAGGAAGAGGAAGAAGCUAAGCGUAAGAAGAAGGAACAGGAAGAAGCUGAGCGUAAGAAAAGAGAACAGGAAGAAGCUGAACGUAAGAAGGAGGAACAUGAAGAAGCUGAGCGUAAGAAGAAAGAACAAGAAGAAACUGAGCGUAAGAAGAAGGAAGAGGAAGAAGCUGAGCGUAAGAAGAAGGAACAGGAAGAAGCUGAGCAUAAGAAGAAGGAACAGGAAGAAGCUGAAAGUAAGAAGAAGGAACAGGAAGAAGCUGAUCGUAAGAAGAAAGAACGGGAAGAAGCUGAACGUAAGAAGAAGGAACAUGAAGAAGCUGAGCGUGAGAAGACAGAACAGGAAGAAGCUGAGCGUAAGAAAAAAGAACAGGAAGAAGCUGAGCGUAAGAAGAAGGAACAGGAAGAAGCUGAGCAUAAGAAGAAGGAACAGGAAGAAGCAGAACGUAAGAAGAAGGAACAGGAAGAAGCUGAGCAUAAGAAGAGGGAACAGGACGAAGCUGAACGUAAGAUGAAGGAACAGGAAGAAGCUGAUCGCAAGAAGAAGGAAGAGGAAGAAGCUGAGCGUAAGAUGAAAGAACAAGAAGAAGCUGGGCGAAAGAAGAAGGAAGAGGAAGAAACGGAACUUAAGAAGAAUGUACAAGAAGAAAGUGAGCGUAAGAAGAAAAAACGUGAAGGAGGUGAACGUAAGAAGAAAGAGCAGGAAGAAGAUGACGCCGAUAGCUCAACGAAAGUGGAGAAUUUGUCCCGCCGCAAGAGAAGCCGAACCCGUGCUGUCGAUACCAGUAAGAUCACUGAUAGAUCAGUACAGGAUUCUGUACUUAACAAGAAGGAAGAAGUAAAAGUUGAGGGAAGAGACCCGGAAGUACAUUGGUUUGCUGAGGGAACAGCACAAAGAAGGAGAAGUUUCGAUGAGAGACCUGGGAUUGAGGAGGAUCUGGCGGGCCGUCAGCUAUUAUACGAUGAUUCAUUGGAGAGUAGCGAGACUAUGACGUACAGCUCCUCGUCUAGCACUCUGACUCCAACUUCGCAACAGCACUCCCGAGCGAAGGCAGAAGAAACCCGACGAAUCAUCGCCAAGGAGAAAGUCGAGGUGAGUCCAGCUUCGUGCUGAAUGUUCUAUCUUCUCUAACAGUCCGACU